GGUUGUCCGACAGAAGUUGCGGCGGAUUUAAGUUUGAUGGCGUUGUAUGAUAUAGCUGUGUUAAUUGACGACAGCGGCACAAUGCAGAGCAGGGAAGAGGGAAAACGUAUACCUGCUCUGAAAAAGGGUCUCAAGGUAAUCGCAGAGAUGUAUUCAAAGCUAGCGUAUGCCGAUGACGGGAUCACCCCCCGAGGUAUCCUUGCAGCCCGGUUUCUGAACCACAAUCGGCUGAGAGACGACGCUGCGCGCGCCGAUAAUCUAACGGCGGUCGCGUUGGAGGAGCUCUUGCAGGGUCAUGAAUUCUCGGGAACCACUGAAAUUGGGACACAAUUGAAAAAGCGUAUUCUGAAACCUUUAGUUUACGAAAAGCUUUCUAAUGAAGGCAUGAGACGGCCACUGCUCAUAAUGGUCAUAACUGAUGGAAAGAUUGAAGGCGAAAAAGAUGGAGUGCUCGAAAACAAUAUAAGAGCUUGCAUCGAUCAUCUCAAGAGCUUGAAUAAACUUCAUUGGGUUGUCUUUCAAUUCACUCGUAUUGGCAAUGAUGUCCACGCCAGGCGCUUUCUCAAAGACCUGAAGAGUAAACCGAUCAUCAAACCCUAUAUAUCUGUG